GGCGUGAGCGCGAGGCCCCGCCAGCGAGUGGGGGAAGGGAAAAGUGGGCGGGGCGCCGGGAGCCCCCGGGGCUACGGGACCCUGCGUGGGGGGCGGGGUCCUGGUGCCCUCCCCCCGCGGUGCGGGGGUCCGUCUGCCCCUCCCCCCGGCCUGUGGGGUCCCCGUUGCCGGACUCCCCCAGGGUGUGGGGCUGAGCCCCGUUGUCUCUGUAAGUGCUGCGGGGAACAAGUCUGUUCUGCAGGAGUUUUGUAAAGCAUGUCUGUGCCGGCUAUGUGAGGAAUGAGGUGAAACCAGAAGUACUUCCAUCCUGAAGAGAGUCAGACUGAAAAGAGCUGUGUGUCUAUCAAUGGAUUCAUCACUUGACAGCAAAACAAAAAAAAAGAAAAGAAAAGGAGGAGAACCUUAAACAGUCCACUAAUCCUAAUGGAGAACCUGAGGUUUCAUGGUGAACAGUCAAAAUUUUGUCUGAAUAUGGACAGUGAAAACAUGGAAACAUCAAACACAGAAGCGGGUUCACUUUGCACUGGGGGGCCUGACAGAGACAUAAAUCCAGAAGAAGAAAUGUUUAAGAAAAGGGCUGUUGUGGCUGGUGAGGGUUUUGAAAUUCCUAAAAUAAAUUGUGUUGACGAUGAUAACGAUAAAGGAAGCAGAACUGUCCAAAGAGAAACAUGCUUUGGUAUUGGUGAUGAUUUGGAUGAAAAUUGUAUUAAAGAACUCAGUAGCACUCUAAAAAUCCCAGACUUUGAGGCAUUGGGGGAAAAUGAGAAGUCACAUAGCAUGAAAAGCUGUUUGAAAGUGCAAAGUCCAGAAGAAUCAGUAACAUUACAGGGAGCAAGACUGACUGGUUUGGAUGCUGUCAAAACAGAGUUUCAUCUUAAUAAUGAAGGAACCAAAUUGAAAGAAUUGUUAAGUCAAAUGGACUUUUCAGGAAAUCUUUCGAACUCCUGGGACCAGGGCACUCACUCCAAGUUGCCCAUCAUUCCUGAUCUGAAAGAAGAGAAAGAGCUGUUCAGCUUUCACCUCCCAGCUUGCAAUGAGCAGGUUACAGGCAAGAGAGUGGGAGAAACACAUGCCAGUGACCGUGUUUCAAAUGAAGAGCAGAGUGAACAGUCAGCAGUUACUCUGAAUGUGGUUAACCAGAACAAGGUGUCAUCAGAAAGUGAAGUCAGAGUAUCUGGAGAGGGUUCAUCUUACAGCAGAAGCCCUUAUGUCAGAGAAAUAAAAGCAAAGGAAACCUAUUUUAGAGAAAAGAUGAUUGUGUCUGGUGGGCCUUCUGAAAGUCCUAAACAAAAUUGUGACAAUGACGAGAGGGGAAGCAGAACAAUUCUAAUUAAACCCUGUUACGUAGUCUUGAAAGGCCUCAGGGAUGAGUUAAAAGAAAAAUGUGAAGAUUCUUUAAUAAGCUUAGAUAUUGAAACACAGUCAAUAAAAAUGCAAAAUGAGACGAAGGCCAGUUUUUCUGACCUAUUCCAAGUAUCUUUACAUGAUGUUUUAGAUAAAAACAAUGUUAAAAAACAAAAUAGAAUCAUAAAAAUCCAAAACAGUAAGGCACUGUUGGAAAAUGAGAAAUUGAACAACACAGAAAAGAAAGAGAUCAAAAGUCCUGAAGAAGCAGUCACUUCAAGAGGAUCAAAUAGUAUGGAUACAAAGAUUCACCAUAACUCUGAAGAAACUCAAGGAGAAGGGUCAUUUACUCAAAUGGACACUCCAGAUCUUUCAGAUAUGAUUGAGGAGGGCAUUUUCUCUAGGCUGUCUCUUGUGGAAAAAGAGUAUAAGAGUUCUACCAUAAAUCUCUCUAAUGUGGAAGACGAAGGCUCAAGGGCAAAGAGGUUACAGUCAGGUUCUUGCCCUCUAUCCAACAUGGCUCCCAAGGUACAGAAGGAAAAAAGUAGAGAGGAGGAAGAGGGCCCUUUGGUUCAUCAGUCACAUGGUGUACAAAUUGUGUAUUACAAAAUGUCUGGGCCAGUAGUUGGACUCCUUGGAGUCCCCAGCAAGGCCUGUAAGCCAAGGAGGCUGCAGAGACUGGUAGAAUUGGAGGAUUCUUCAGAUGAUGAGACGUGUGUUUGUUGCCGGACCCCUAAGAAAAUGUCUAGGCCGGUCCUGGGAGUCUCCAGCAGCAAGGCUUGUAAGCCAUGUAAGAUGCGGAGAGUGGAGGAAUUGGAAGAUUUAUCAGAAGACAUAUAUGAUGAUUUUCAGGUUACUCAGGAAAUUGAAGACAGCGAUUACCACCCAACACUAUAUAAAAAAGAAAUGAAGCAGCUCCUGAAACCAUAUGCAGCACAUGUGCUUUGGCAAAAGCCUUUGAACUCACAUUACAGUCAUGAAAAGAAGAGGAGGGGUAGGAGACCAACCUCUAAAGAAGCUUCAGCUUCUGUUCAUGGUUUGCAGCUGUCUGAAGAACAAAGUCGAAUUAAGGUCAUUGACUCAUUGCGUGGGAUGCUACAGAAACGGUUGGAGGAGUCUCCUGAUCUGGAUGUCCAUGAAGAUACGAUAUUGAGAUUAGCAAACGAUGUGGAGAAGGAAAUAUUCAACCUCUUUCUUUGUGUUGACCAACGAUACAAAAACAAGUACCGCAGUCUCCUCUUUAAUCUGAAAGCUCCAAAAAAUAAGCUCCUCUUCCACCAGGUGGUUCUUGGAGAGGUUUCCCCCCAGUGUCUUGUUCAAAUGAAUUCACUGGAGCUGGCACCAAAGGAGUUGGCAGAGUGGAGAGCUAAGGAGAGCAAACAUGUGCUGGAGGUGAUAGAGAAACAGCAGCGAGAACCACCAAGGUCUUGUCCCACAAAACUGACCCACAAAGGAGAAAUAGAGAUACACAGGGAGGUGGAUGAGGACUUUACUUUGGAAGACCUAUAUGGAUCAGCACUAUGUAUGGACAAGAAACCUAUUUCCCAGCCCGCUGCAGAGGCCAAAAGAGACACCACCGACCAGCACAGGAGUCACUUACUGGACCUAGACUGCCUUAUCUGUACAGGAAGGAUGGCUCCUGAUGGUGAGAGACGUUUUAACCCACCGCAGAGCAAACCAACCUCAAAGAAGAAGGCAGAAGACAGCUCUAGAAGAUUACAUUCAACCAGUGUCUAUUCAGACAAAGAGAGAAAACAUUUGGAGAAAGACAGGCCUGCCUCAACUGGCGUCCUCAAGAAGAGUCCAAGGCUACAGAAGCAAGUCAAAGACACAGUGCUGUGGGAAGGAUUCAUUCAGAUGUUCAGCAUUAAACAGUUUGCGGCAAAAGCGUUUCCUGUUUCAGGCUACGGCACUUGCCUCAUUCAAGCGUUACCGGAGCUGAUUCAGUCGAGGGGCUGUAUUCUCCCAGAGGACGUCUGGGAUUAUUUAGAGAGCAUAUGGCCAGCUGAAGCCAAGGAGAUUAGCAUGAUACGAUUCUGCCCUGCCAUGACCAAAGACUUCAGCACUUACAACAUGCUGUACUCGUAUUUGAACAACAAACAGAGAUACGGCAUUGUGGACAGCAACCAGAUGGAAAUGUUCAUGGUACCGCUGCCAGCCUUCCAGCCAGUACCUGCCAAAUUCCAUCCACUUGGUGGCCCAGGUCUUGAUGCAAAUCACUCUUGCUUGAUGCUGGGACUGAUUCUCCCAAAGAAAGUCUCAGGCGACCCCUCUACAAGUAGCACGGGGCCCAGCCUCUUAAGGGAAACAAAAAGGAAGACAGUGACUUUUAAAAAUAACCUUGUGACCAGAUGCUUUUCUCCUCCUUUGGACAGUUCUGGGAGCACCAAACUGGCUGAACCAUUUCAACAGGUGAAUCACGGACCAUUGUCUUCAUGCUCCUUAUGCUCACAUGAAUGUGGUGGCAAUGUUGCCCUCGAUGCCAACGUGUUGGGUAUUCAGCAGUUAUCAAGUAUAUUGUAUCCUGGAGUUGCAUCUUCUGGUGGAGUUUCUCAGGUGCCAGCUGUGCCCCAUCUUGUUUCCAAUGAACCUUCUGCUACAUCUGACCUCCAAAAUCAUACUGCAACUGGAGACUCCAAUCCAACCAUUCCUGUGGAGGAAGCAUUGUCUCUGAUCCAGCAUCUGGAGGCACUGGUGCAGUUGAAUUCACAGAUUCAGAACCAGACUCUUUUCCCACUUCCUUCAUUAGACCUUUCCGCAAUCCUACAGGCAACCGCACCCGGGGAAUCUCAGAUAGUUGGAGGAUCCACAUUUCCACCCGUCCAGCAGGAAAGUGGUGUGUAUCUCCAGUCUCAGUUGACCCUUCCUCCCUUUUGUGGACCAGUAUAUCCCCCUUCUGGUUGUUAAUUACUCCAUGCCCUCUAGGGAGCUCCACCGAGAAUCAUUUGUACAAUUGUGUACUCCUGACAUGAAAGAAGCAUAAUCAUAAAGAGUUUGCAACUCAUCUUAAAAACAUCAACCUCUGGAAUUUAAAAGGGCCUCCCACAAACUUUUGAGAGUUGUGGAAAGGGUUGAAACAUGCCUGUACGGAAAGAAGGCUUACAGAAUUAUUUCACGUACACUGGGAACAGAUGGAAUAAUGAGCAGCACUCUAAAUACAUCAGCAGCCAGAUAUCGAUCAGAAUGGAAGAAGUAGGGCAAGUGUUAUGAUUACUCCAUGUAAGCUGUUUUCUGGUCACUCUGCUCUCUGUGGCCAUUGAAAAGGAAUUUUUGACCAUUUCCCUGUGCACUGGGAGGGAGGAGGGGCGACAAGGAAGUACCGUGCACUUAAGAAAAGUGUGUGUGUGUGUGUGUGUGAGGGGGCAGAACUGAGGCUUACUGAGAAAUAAUGUGCUACUGAAAGAAGUUUUUUUUUUUUUUUUUUUAUAAUUCCACCCAGUCCUGGUGGUGUUUGGAGCUUUUCCGUGUACUGAAGGUUUUUAGAUGACUGUUUUACAUUUAUACGAAGCAUAAGUAGUUUCUCCCACUGGUAGAAAGGGACCUGCUGUUGAGGUGUUACUGGCAUUACCUUCACCAGCAAUUGCAAAAAAUGUUUUGGCUAUUUACAAUACUUACGGUAUUUUAAAAAAAGGUUGAUGCAGGAUGUAAGAAUCCAGAAGAUGGGUGCUGGUUGUUAGAGGCACCGACGAUGUAGGCGCUGUUAUUUUACACUAUACCAUGAACAAUGUUUUAAAAUAUUGUAUUUUUAUUUUGACCAGUAACCACCACUGCACAGGAGCACUGGAGACUUGAGUUCAAAUAUAGGCUGGAUUCACAUGUGACUUGCAAUCUGAAUCGUAGCAACCAUGAUUGUUCUAGUUUGAUGUUAUGGAACUUGCACUGUUUAAAAAUGUUCAGAGUAAGAAAAAUAAAGAUUCUUUAGCAGUUAUUUUUUAAAAGA